AUGUUGCUCGGUGGGAGUCGUGCAUCCCUGUGGCUGGGAGUGAUCCUGAGCUUCUGGAGCUCCGUGGCUUGGAUGCCUGUUGGAGGAUGCCCCAAUAAAUGUACCUGCUCUGCCUCCAACGUGGAUUGUCAUGGGCUGGGACUGAAAACCGUGCCACGGGGUAUUCCCAGGAAUGCAGAGAGACUGGACUUAGACAGAAAUAAUAUCUCAAGAAUCACCAAGAUGGACUUUGCUGGGCUGAAGAAUCUCCGUGUCUUGCAUUUGGAAGAAAAUCACAUCAGUAUGAUAGAGCGUGGAGCAUUUCAGGAUCUAAAGCAACUCGAACGGCUGCGUCUGAACAAGAAUAAAUUACAGGUUUUACCCGAGCUGCUUUUCCAGAACACGCUGAAGUUAACCAGAUUAGAUCUAAGUGAAAACCAAAUUCAAGGAAUCCCAAGGAAGGCCUUUCGAGGAAUUACUGAUGUGAAGAACCUGCAACUGGACAACAACCAGAUCAGCUGCAUUGAAGAUGGAGCCUUCAGAGCCCUGCGUGACUUGGAGAUUCUUACUCUCAACAAUAACAACAUCACCCGCAUCCCUCUUACCAGUUUCAACCAUAUGCCAAAGAUCAGGACUCUGCGGCUUCACUCCAAUUACCUGUAUUGUGACUGCCACCUGGCUUGGCUGUCUGACUGGCUGCGUCAGAGACGCUCGAUUGGGCAGUUCACAUUCUGCAUGGCACCCGUGCACCUACGGGGUUUUAAUGUGGCGGAUGUUCAGAAAAAGGAAUACGUCUGCUCUGGUUCCCACUCUGAACCUCCAUCCUGCAAUGCUAAUUCCAUCACUUGCCCAUCCGCUUGCACAUGCAGCAACAACAUUGUGGACUGUCGAGGCAAGGGCUUAACAGAAAUUCCAUCUAACCUACCAGAGGGCAUUGUGGAAAUACGCUUGGAACAGAAUUCCAUCAAAACAGUUCCCCCUGGAGCUUUUUCCCAGUACAAGAAACUUAAGAGAAUAGACAUCAGCAAGAAUCAAAUAUCUGACAUUGCUCCUGACACAUUCCAUGGCUUGAAAUCUCUCACCUCGUUAGUGCUCUAUGGAAAUAAGAUCACUGAGAUUCCCAAAGGCCUUUUCGAUGGACUUGUCUCUCUGCAGUUGCUGCUUCUCAAUGCCAAUAAGAUCAACUGCCUCAGGGUAAACACGUUUCAAGAUCUUCAUAAUCUCAACCUGCUAUCUCUUUAUGACAACAAACUGCAGACCAUCAGCAAGGGGCUCUUUGCACCUCUCCAAUCGAUCCAGACUCUACAUUUAGCUCAGAAUCCAUUUGUGUGUGACUGCCAUUUGAAGUGGCUGGCUGAUUACCUGCAGGAUAAUCCGAUAGAAACCAGCGGCGCUCGAUGCAGCAGUCCACGUCGCCUUGCCAACAAACGAAUCAGCCAGAUCAAGAGCAAGAAGUUCCGCUGCUCAGGUUCAGAGGAUUACAGAAGUAAGUUCACCGGGGAGUGCUUCAUGGACCUUGUCUGUCCUGAAAAGUGUCGCUGCGAAGGAACAAUUGUAGACUGUUCCAAUCAAAAACUCACCCGCUUACCGAGUCACCUUCCUGAAUAUGCUACCGAUCUCCGUCUAAAUGACAAUGAUAUCUCAGUUCUAGAAGCUACUGGAGUCUUCAAGAAACUGCCCAGCCUAAGGAAAAUAAACCUGAAUAACAAUAAGAUCAAGGAGAUCCGAGAAGGUGCCUUUGAUGGGGCAACAGGAGUGCAGGAACUGAUGCUGACGGGGAAUCAGCUGGAAUCGGUGCAAGGGCGAAUGUUUAGAGGCCUCACAGGACUCAAGACAAUGAUGCUGAGGAGCAACUUGAUCAGCUGUGUGAACAAUGACACCUUCACAGGACUAAGCUCAGUAAGGUUGCUCUCUCUGUACGACAACCGUAUCACCACCAUCACUCCUGGAGCUUUCAAUACACUUGUCUCUUUGUCCACGAUUAAUUUGCUGUCUAAUCCCUUUAAUUGUAAUUGCCACCUGGCAUGGCUGGGGAAAUGGCUGAGAAAAAGGAGAAUUGUCAGUGGAAAUCCACGUUGCCAGAAACCCUCUUUCUUAAAGGAGAUUCCAAUUCAAGAUGUGGCCAUACAGGACUUCACCUGUGAUGGUAAUGAUGAAAGCAGCUGUCUGCUCUCUCCUCGUUGUCCUGAUCAAUGUACUUGUGUGGACUCAGUAGUGCGCUGCAGUAACAAAGGGCUGCGCAUCCUGCCCAAAGGCAUUCCCAAGGAUGUGACUGAGCUAUAUCUGGAAGGAAACCAUUUAACAGCUGUGCCAAAGGAGCUGUUGACCUUCAGACACCUGACACUGAUUGACUUGAGCAACAACAGCAUCAGCAUAUUGGCCAAUUACACCUUCAUCAACAUGACUCAGCUAUCAACACUGAUCCUGAGCUACAACAGACUCCGGUGUAUUCCAACACAUGCAUUUAAUGGACUCAAGUCUCUUCGAGUGCUGACUCUUCAUGGUAAUGAUAUUUCCAGUGUUCCCGAAGGUUCUUUUAAUGACCUUGUGUCCCUUUCACAUCUGGCUCUGGGUACCAACCCCUUGAACUGUGACUGCAGUCUGCGCUGGCUUUCGGAAUGGGUGAAGGCAGGGUACAAAGAGCCAGGGAUUGCACGCUGCAGUGGGCCAGAGGACAUGGCAGACAGACUGCUUCUCACAACACCAACCCAUCGCUUCCAGUGCAAAGGACCGGUAGAUAUCAGCAUUGUGUCCAAGUGUAAUCCUUGCCUUUCCAGUCCAUGUAAGAACAAUGGGACAUGCAACAAUGAUCCAGUGGAGUUCUAUCGAUGCACUUGUCCAUUCGGUUUCAAGGGUCGAGACUGCAAUAUGCCCAUUAAUGCCUGCAUUCAGAAUCCAUGCCAGAAUGGAGGGACCUGCCAUCUCACUGAGGCAAAUAAAGACGGAUUCAGCUGUUCUUGCCCUCUAGGGUAUGAGGGGGAGAGAUGUGAAAUAAACCCAGAUGACUGUGAAGAUAAUGAUUGUGAGAAUAACUCCACGUGCAUGGAUGGAAUCAACAACUAUGUCUGUCUCUGCCCUCCUAAUUACACAGGUGAGCUAUGUGAUGAGGUGAUCAACCACUGUGUUCCCGAGCUAAAUCCAUGCAAACAUGAGUCCAAAUGUAUCUCCCUUGACAGAGGAUUCAGAUGCGAGUGCCUACCUGGCUACAGUGACAAACACUGUGAAACUGACGAUGAUGAUUGUGCGAGCCACAAAUGUCGCCAUGGUGCAGUUUGCGUAGAUGCAGUCAAUGGCUACACCUGUGUCUGCCCCCAAGGGUUCAGCGGACUCUUCUGUGAAAAUCCCCCACCAAUGGUUCUGCUACAGACCAGCCCUUGUGACCACUAUGAAUGCCAGAAUGGGGCUCAGUGCAUUGUAGUACACCAUGAACCAGUCUGCCGCUGCCUGGCUGGCUUUGCUGGCCAAAGGUGCGAGAAACUUAUCACUGUCAACUUUGUUGGGAAGGAUUCCUAUGUUGAGCUGCCAUCGGCCAAAAUCCGUCCUCAGGCAAACAUCUCCCUCCAGGUAGCAACAGAUAAAGACAAUGGCAUCUUAUUGUACAAAGGGGACAAUGACCCUUUGGCUUUGGAGUUGUACCAAGGACAUGUGAGGCUCAUCUACGACACACUGACCUCUCCACCCACCACAGUGUACAGUGUGGAAACAAUAAAUGAUGGGCAGUUUCACAGUGUGGAGUUGGUUAUGCUGAACCAAACACUGAACUUGGUUGUGGAUAAAGGAACCCCCAAGAGUCUUGGCAAACUGCAGAAACAACCCACAGUCAGCAUCAACACCCCGCUCUACAUUGGAGGGAUCCCAACAUCUACUGGGCUAUCUUCAUUGCGCCAAGGCACAGAUAGGAUGUCAAACGGCUUUCAUGGAUGUAUCCAUGAUGUCCGCAUUAAUAACGAGCUGCAGGACUUUAAGGAUCUACCCCAGCAGUCAUUAGGAGUCCUUCCUGGCUGCAAAUCCUGUAACAUCUGCAAGCAUGGCAUCUGCCGGUCCAUAGAGAAGACAAGCGUUAUCUGUGAGUGUCACCCAGGCUGGACAGGCCCACUGUGUGACCAGGAAAUUGGAGACCCCUGCCUUAGUAACAAGUGUAUCCAUGGUAAAUGCACGGCUGCCAACUUUGCUUACACAUGUAAGUGCUCAGAGGGUUAUAUGGGCAUGUACUGCGACAAGAAGAAUGACUCCUCAAACCCCUGCAGAAUUAUGAAAUGCAACCAUGGGCAGUGUAAAAUUUCAGAACAUGGGGAGCCAUACUGCGAAUGUGACCCUAACUAUAGCGGAGAACAUUGCGACAAAGAGAAUCUUUGCCAAGGGGAGAUUGUCCGAGAAGUGAUCCAUAAGCAGCAUGGCUACAGCUCGUGUGUCACUGCCUCCAAAGUUCCCCAGAUGGAAUGUCGUGGCAGUUGCAGUAAUGGGCAGUGUUGCGUUCCCCUCCGGAGCAAAAGGCGGAAAUACAUCUUUCAGUGUGUGGAUGGAUCCUCCUUCAUGGAAGAACUGGAGAGGCAUGUGGAAUGCGGCUGCUCAAAAUGCUUAUAA